AUGGGCGUCAACGCCGGUGGUGGCCAAGUCGGCAGCAGUGCGGGAGGCACGUCGUCGAGGCUGCGUGGUGUGAUUCACGCCGAUGAAGUCGGCGGCGUUCAGGCGCGAGGGAUGCGGUCGACUGCGGCUGCAGGCACCUCGCAGGGCGAUGUCGGAGGUCGACGAAGCGGGUUGAUGCCGAUGGCGGCGUCCCAGGUGACGGCGGGCGGAAUUGCACCGAGCUACGGCUACUACAAGUUCACGCCGGACAGGAUCUCGGUGACUCCCCCGCUGGUCGGUCGACCAGACAUCCUCACCUGGAAGGAGGCCAUCGAGCCCCAGCUGGAGAUGGCCGGGCUGAUCAGCUUCGCUCGAGGCACCGUGGAGACGCCGGACGACCCCGACUUGCGAGCUGAGUUCCGCGCCGUGCAGCUGUUGACCUUCACGGUCAUCUCGCGGUGCUGCACGCCGGGCGUGCAGAUCGCCCUGAAGUGGUGCAGGGAGUACCUCGACGCCGGCCACCAGGCAUGGCACUUCAUUGAGUCGACGUACCAGGUCACCGACGACCUGUUCAUCGCCCAGCUGGAGGGGCAGCUGACGCACCUGCGCAUGGGCGACGAGGAGACGGCGACCGACUACUGCAACCGGGCCCGGCGAAUUCUCGCCACCAUCAGGAUGGCCGGUGCGGAGUAUUCGACGGCGUCAUACAUCACCCAUGUCAUGCAGGGACUUCCGAGCAGCUACAACCUGCUGAAGCGGCUGUCGAUGGCACCGAGCACGCGGGCGACGCUCAACGAGGACACGCUGACCUCGUACAUCCUGCAGGACGAGGCGAUGCAAGAGGCCGAGCGGUCCCAAGAGCUCCUGGCGCAGGUGAACUACGUCGCCCCGGUGAAGCAAGGCGGUCGACCGGGGCAGCGUGGACAGUCUGGUGGCGGUGGUAGCAGUGGCUGGAAGUCGGCCAAGGAGGUCGACAAGAAGAAGUCGACCAAGGACAGUGGGAGGCCGUGGGAGAUCUGGCAGUCGUCGUCCACGUCGUGGAGGAAAGGAGAAGCCGCGCAAGGAGAAGCAGUCGACCACGUCGACCACGGCGAAGGACGCCGACUCCUCUGUGGCGGCAAGGCGCGGGACGACAAGACGGCGUCGUGCUCGCUGGUCGGCGUCGUGGAGCCGACCGUCUCGCUGGCGCCGGAGGCUGGCGAGGACUUCCAGGCGGUGGCGGCGGCUGUGCAGGCGAACCCGGCGGUGGUCCUGCUCGACAGUGGCUGCUCUCACCACCUGAUGGGGACGAAGGACGCCUUCGUCGACUUGGAGCCGAGCGGCGACGUGAAGCACGUGCGUGGCUUCAAUGGGGCGCUGCAGGACGUCCAGGGCCGCGGCACUGUCGCCCUGCAAGGCGAGGCCGGGAAGCAGGUGCUCAUCCCCGACGUGUUGUACGUCCCGGGCGUGCAUGCGAACCUGCUGUCGUCCGGCCAGCUGAAGGAGCAUGGCGUGAAGCUGAAGGAGGAUGGCGACGGGAUGCUGCUCGUCUCGGCGACGGGAGAGGUGCUCGGUCGGGCGACGUACUCCGGGCGUAUCCUCUGCACCGACCUGCGCCCCUGCUCUACGAGGCCAACGUCGACCACGCCGGAGGUUGUGGCCCUGCGGGCGAUCGUCUCCAAGGCGAAGUCGACGCCGGACAGGAUGCACGCUCGGCUUGCGCACGUCGGCAUGGACACCAUCCGGAGCUCGGCGAAGAACGAGGUCGCCAUUGGGCUGGACCUCAAGUCGGCGACGGGCGCCGACUCACCGUGUGUCUCGUGCGUCAGCGGGAAGCUGGCGCGGCACACCUUCCCCGACCAAGGCUCCGACGCCGCCGACUUGCUAGCCGUCGUCCACAUCGACUUGUGCGGGCCGUUCCGUGUGGCUGCCAAAGACGGCAGCUUGUACUUCCUGCUGCUGAAGGACCGCAAGACCCGCUUCGUGUGGGUGAGGCCGGUCGCCAAGAAGUCGGAUGUGCUGCUGGAGUUCCAGAAGUGGCUGGUGCUGGUGGAGAGGCGGACAAAGAAGUCGAUGCUGAUGUUGCGCUCGGACCGGGGCGGGGAGUUCCUCGGGAAGCAGUUCACCGACUUCGUGGAUGGAAAGGGGAUCGUCCACGAUCUGACCUGCCCGUACACUCCGCAGCAGAACGGCAUGGCGGAGCGGGAGAUGCGGACGGUGGUGGAGUCGGUGCGGACGAUGCUGCUGCACAUGGGCAUGCAGCACCACUGGUGGCACCUCGCUCUGCGGCAGGCCGUCUGGAUCCGCAACUGCCUGGAGCGGUCGGCGACGCCGGGGACGACGCUGUACCAGCUGCUGACCGGGACGAAGCCCGACCUGUCGCUGGCGCGAGUGUGGGGCUGCAUGGCGCAAUUCCUCGUCCCCGAGCAGCAGCGCGGUGGGAAGCUUAAGCCGAAGGCCAAGUGGGGCCUUCACCUCGGCGUGUCGGAGGCGAGCAAGGGCUGGGAGCUCCUCGACAUUGCCGCCAACCGGGUGGUCACCACGUCGGACGUGGUGUUCUACGAGGACAUGUCGUUGGAGGAGUGGAAGUCGGCGCACGGGCCUGUGUCAGGGCGAACAUUGAUGGCCACGCCGACGGAUACCUCGACGGCAACUCUCCCUCUACUCGCCGAGGUCGGUGAGCCUGCUGAGGACGACGCCGAGGUCGUCCACCCUUCCUCCCCCUCUCCUGCCCCUCCCCUCGUCGCCGACCUGCGUGGGCUGACUCCGCCGUCGGCCUCCGGCGAUGAGGGGAGCAGUGGAACGUCGCCUGUGGCGCCGACCAAGGGCAUCGCCGGUGGCCGACGGGACGAGCAGCAAGUCGACGAGCAGCAGGUCGACAUGGGAGUGCAGCCGACAUGGAUAGGGGAGGAGCAGGUCGAGGAGGUGCAGCCAGCAGCGCGGUCGACCAAGGAGCAGUCGGCGACCUGGCAGUCGGUAGGGGAGCUGACCGCAGGGGAGAAGUCGGUCGGGACGCCGACCGAAGUGCAGCAGGACGACGAGGACGGCAGUGAAGAUGAAGGGGAGCAGUUGGGCGACGAGGAGCUGGUCGACCAGGAGGUGGUCGACCAGUCCACCGACCGUGACGUGGCGGGAGUUCCGCCUGAACCCCGGAUGUCUGGUCGACUUCGGAGGCCGCCCGACUUCUUCGUCCCCGCUGCCUUCACCACGGUGUACGACGUGGAGGACGACGACGACCUGCUGUACGACGACGCUGAUGAGGACGAAGAGUUUCCGGAGCUCGACCCCGACAUGCUGGCCGACCCCGAGCACCGCUGGGACAUCUCGACGAUGUCGGUGAAGGAGGCGUUGGCGAGCUGGAAGGGUCCAGCGGUGAAGGCCGCCAUGGAGGAGGAGAUCCGCAGUCUCAUCGCCAUGGGGACGUGGGAGCUGGUCGAACGCCCGGACGACAAGACGGCGUCGUGCUCGCUGGUCGGCGUCGUGGAGCCGACCGUCUCGCUGGCGCCGGAGGCUGGCGAGGACUUCCAGGCGGUGGCGGCGGCUGUGCAGGCGAACCCGGCGGUGGUCCUGCUCGACAGUGGCUGCUCUCACCACCUGAUGGGGACGAAGGACGCCUUCGUCGACUUGGAGCCGAGCGGCGACGUGAAGCACGUGCGUGGCUUCAAUGGGGCGCUGCAGGACGUCCAGGGCCGCGGCACUGUCGCCCUGCAAGGCGAGGCCGGGAAGCAGGUGCUCAUCCCCGACGUGUUGUACGUCCCGGGCGUGCAUGCGAACCUGCUGUCGUCCGGCCAGCUGAAGGAGCAUGGCGUGAAGCUGAAGGAGGAUGGCGACGGGAUGCUGCUCGUCUCGGCGACGGGAGAGGUGCUCGGUCGGGCGACGUACUCCGGGCGUAUCCUCUGCACCGACUUGCGCCCCUGCUCUACGAGGCCGACGUCGACCACGCCGGAGGUUGUGGCCCUGCGGGCGAUCGUCUCCAAGGCGAAGUCGACGCCGGACAGGAUGCACGCUCGGCUUGCGCACGUCGGCAUGGACACCAUCCGGAGCUCGGCGAAGAACGAGGUCGCCAUUGGGCUGGACCUCAAGUCGGCGACGGGCGCCGACUCACCGUGUGUCUCGUGCGUCAGCGGGAAGCUGGCGCGGCACACCUUCCCCGACCAAGGCUCUGACGCCGCCGACUUGCUAGCCGUCGUCCACAUCGACUUGUGCGGGCCGUUCCGUGUGGCUGCCAAAGACGGCAGCUUGUACUUCCUGCUGCUGAAGGACCGCAAGACCCGCUUCGUGUGGGUGAGGCCGGUCGCCAAGAAGUCGGAUGUGCUGCUGGAGUUCCAGAAGUGGCUGGUGCUGGUGGAGAGGCAGACGAAGAAGUCGGUGCUGAUGUUGCGCUCGGACCGGGGCGGGGAGUUCCUCGGGAAGCAGUUCACCGACUUCGUGGAUGGAAAGGGGAUCGUCCACGAUCUGACCUGCCCGUACACUCCGCAGCAGAACGGCAUGGCGGAGCGGGAGAUGCGGACGGUGGUGGAGUCGGUGCGGACGAUGCUGCUGCACAUGGGCAUGCAGCACCACUGGUGGCACCUCGCUCUGCGGCAGGCCGUCUGGAUCCGCAACUGCCUGGAGCGGUCGGCGACGCCGGGGACGACGCCGUACCAGCUGCUGACCGGGACGAAGCCCGACCUGUCGCUGGCGCGAGUGUGGGGCUGCAUGGCGCAAUUCCUCGUCCCCGAGCAGCAGCGCGGUGGGAAGCUGAAGCCGAAGGCCAAGUGGGGCCUUCACCUCGGCGUGUCGGAGGCGAGCAAGGGCUGGGAGCUCCUCGACAUUGCCGCCAACCGGGUGGUCACCACGUCGGACGUGGUGUUCUACGAGGACAUGUCGUUGGAGGAGUGGAAGUCGGCGCACGGGCCUGUGUCAGGGCGAACAUUGAUGGCCACGCCGACGGAUACCUCGACGGCAACUCUCCCUCUACUCGCCGAGGUCGGUGAGCCUGCUGAGGACGACGCCGAGGUCGUCCACCCUUCCUCCCCCUCUCCUGCCCCUCCCCUCGUCGCCGACCUGCGUGGGCUGACUCCGCCGUCGGCCUCCGGCGAUGAGGGGAGCAGUGGAACGUCGCCUGUGGCACCGACCAAGGGCAUCGCCGGUGGCCAACGGGACGAGCAGCAAGUCGACGAGCAGCAGGUCGACAUGGGAGUGCAGUCGACCGACAUGGAUAGGGGAGGAGCAGGUCGAGGAGGUGCAGCCAGCAGCGCGGUCGACCAAGGAGCAGUCGGCGACCUGGCAGUCGGUAGGGGAGCUGACCGCAGGGGAGAAGUCGGUCGGGACGCCGACCGAAGUGCAGCAGGACGACGAGGACGGCAGUGA